AUGCAUUUUGGUAAUAUCAUCAAUCCGGUGCUGUUCGCAGCCCUUGUGCACGGAUAUGCAAACCCUGGCAGUUGUUCAGGGGCCUGCAUUGUCCACGACCCGACGUUGAUACAAAGAUCAUCGGACAAUCGGUAUUUCCGAUUUUCUACUGGCAGCAAGAUUUCUUAUGCUAGCGCCUCAUCUAUCAACGGCCCAUGGACUACCAUUGGGUCAAUGUUGCCCGGUGGAUCUUCCAUUGAUCUCGCCGGAAAUGAUGAUCUGUGGGCCCCCGAUGCACAGCUUGUGAAUGGUCUAUACUAUGUUUAUUACACUGUAUCGACGUUUGGUUCACAGAAUUCAGCCAUUGGACUAGCCACAUCUCCAACCAUGGAGGCUGGCUCCUGGACUGACCAUGGAGCAACUGGUAUUGCCUCGACAUCUGCCAAGGCAUACAACGCCAUUGAUGGCAAUUUGUUCAAUGAUGGCGGUACUUACUAUAUGAAUUUCGGCUCCUUUUGGCACGACAUCUACCAGGCUCCAAUGAGAUCGGAUGCCACCAAAGUCGCAUCUUCGUCCUACAAUCUGGCGUAUGACCCCUCUGGAACACACGCUGUGGAGGCGGCCUAUAUGUAUAAGUAUGGAAGUUACUACUAUCUCUUUUACUCUGCCGGCAUCUGUUGUGGUUACGAUACAUCUCGCCCUGCCAGCGGAGCAGAAUACAAGAUCAAGGUCUGCCGAUCGAGCUCACCUACUAGCGGAUUUGUUGAUGCAGCCGGUACUGCUUGUACAAGCGGGGGAGGCACAGUUGUUCUAGAAAGUCAUGGCACAGUCUACGGUCCUGGUGGACAGGGCAUAUUCACUGAUCCUACCCUCGGCCCGGUGCUUUAUUACCACUAUGUCGAUACCACUGUGGGCUAUGCUGAUGGCCAGAAACGCUUUGGGUGGAAUCAGAUCGAUUUCUCAAGCGGCUGGCCAGUGGUUUAG